CGCCAAAAGAAGAUAAAGGAGGUCACUACUGUGCCUCAUCUGGUGCCGCAGGCAGCAGGUAUCUCUCAUUCCUCUUUUCGUCGACACAAGGAUUAUGUGAUAGUGUCUGAUACCCUUGAGGGUUUGAGUAUAGCCGCGGAGUCACGUUCUGGUGCUGCGAAGAAGCAGGCAGAAGAAGUGGCUGCGGGGGGGACAGCUGCGGGUCCCCCUGUGAUUGGUGAAAAGAGGAAUCUAGAGCAGAAAGCUGCUGGUGGUGUUGAAACCAAACGUCGGAGGCUAGUAACCAAAAGGUCUGCUCCGGCGCAGAAGAAACCUGCGGUUGUCGUUGAGCGUCAAGAUGAAGAUUUUUCUAUCUUCGAUGCUCCGGAGUCCCCUCCGCGUGCCAUGGAUGCGGGUGGAGCGGAGGUGCCAUCGACUCCUCCCGUCAAGGUGGUACCUGAGUCAACCGUGCAGAAGGAGGGUACCGCAGAGAAUGCUGCGGCCCAGAUAUUUGAUACUGUCGACUCGUCCAACAACCUGAUCUCUCCCAAUGAGGGAGACGAUUUGAGUUUGCGGUUCACUGCUACCGGGAGGCAACAUUCUGAUGCUGAACCGCAAAAAACUGGCGAUGAAGCGCGGCAGCACGAUGCUGGGCCGCAGAAGUCUGCGGUUGAUAAGGGUACCAGUUCGUCGGCCGAUGGUGCGGGGUAUGACGGGCCUCCAAUUCAGCCUGGGGAGUCUGAAUUGGAGUAUUACUACCGCACCUACUCCCAGGAUCGCGGUACGCUAUACCAUCGACCCCCCUGGACUGUAUUGCAGGGGGAUGACAUUGCUAACGACCCUGCGGCCUGCAGGGAGAUCCUGGGCGGUCUUGGGACCCCCUUUGAAGUUGAGCGGGCUAGUACCGCACCGCGGGAGCUGCGUAUAAACCAGCUCUCGACCAUGUUGGUAGGGACUUCCAUUGUGGCUAAUGCCAUUUUGGAAGAUUAUAAGGUGCUGGGCCGCCGCGAGGAAGAUGCUGCUCGCAUGCGGGCAGAAGCGGAAAAGCUGGUCCAGGCUGCCCGCGCGGGUGCGGAGCAGCUUGAGAAGGAUAAAGCUGCUUUUGAGAAGCAGAAGCAGACUUCGGAAUGGGCUGCCGCUGCCCAGCUAAAACAGGUGCGUUCCCUUGCUAAACUCCUUGCUGAUGAGCGUAAGCGUUGGGAGGAAAUUUCAUCCAACGAGCGCAAGAAGUGGAACGAGUCUUGGGCUAAGCAGAACAAUCUUCUGUUUCAUACUCGGCAGGAGCUAGCAAAUGCCAAGGCGGCAAAUGUUGCCUUGGGCAAUGAAAAAGCUGCGGCUGAGGCCGCAUCAGCUAAAGCGCUGCAGGCAAAGGAUGAGGCCUUGAAGGCGCUGGAAGAGGCCAAAGUGGCCGGGGCUCGUGCCUCAAAGGCCCUUGAAGAGGCCGCGGAGAAAGAGAGCCGUUCUUCCAAGGCUCUGGAAGAGCUGAAUGCGGAGCGCAUUCGUUUGGAUAAGGUUGUUUCCAGCCUUCAGGCUGAGGUGCAGGCGCGGGGGGUCGCGGUUACGGACCUUACUGCCCGUGUGUCUGCUGCGGAGCAGCGGGCUGACGCUGCUGUUGAGGCCAAGGAUGCCUUGGUGUCCUCUUUUAACCAACUGGAAGCUGACCGUGAGUGGUUGCGGACUCACGGCAUCGCGCGUAUUGUCGAGGCCAUAAUGAAUGCCCCUGAGACCUCAUCAGGUUUGGACCUGGUUAAGGAACGUGCGCGUGAUGCGGGCUUCAAGGCUGGUUUUAACCGCUGCAUUGGGCACAUCAAUGUACUAUCCGCAGGCGGUUAUACCGAUCAGGCAUCCGGGUUCCGGGAUGUAGAUACCGAGGGUCGUCUGAAAGCGGCCGUAGCCUCCUUUUAUGACACGCCCCUUGCCUGUGUAGGGGAGCUGGACGAGUGCUUGGAGGUUGCGGACUAUGUUGACCGCUUACGGAUGCUCUACCCUGAUAAUAGGAACUUUAUGUAA